GUCCAAAAGCGAGAGACUGGGAUGUACAUUUCGAAUUGUUCAAAUCACUAGGUUUAAAAUGUGUGAUCUUGUGACUUUACUGAGAGACCUUUGUUCUCAUUUACCUCAAUCUGACCACAGGAGGCAGCAGUGGACCAACAGAUGCUGUGUUCCUGUGAGCUAAAAUCACUGAUUUUCUCUGUGGACUUUGGUCUGAACUAAAAUCACAGAGGUUUGCUGUGGUAGACUGAGAUGUUGACAAAAAGCAUUCAGAGAGAGGUUCACAAGUACAAAGAAAGAUGGACACACACACAUACACACACACACACAAAGUUUUGAUUGACAGUCUGCUCCCACAGACAGCACUAAUCGAUUUUUCAACCUCUCACAUUGUCCAUAAUUAUCUCUGAAAAACAAUGAACAGAACUGACUGUGGUGAAGUCAUGAGUCUGGUCAUGAACUCAUGAUGUGGCUCACAGGAUUGAAAGGUCAGAGGUCAAAGUUGAUCAACUGAAUAUAAAAAAUCAGUUGAAUUUUCUUUCAGUGGCUAGAGAGAAAAAUCUAACAGCUGCGACAGAAGUUGAGUUCAGAUCUGAGAUUCAAACAUCUGCCGCUGCGAGGUAAAAAAAAAGAAGUCCCUCGGUCUCUGCUCUCUCUCUCACUCACUUACUCUGUCUCACUCAGCAGACAAAUCAGCUUAUCCUUCUGUGACAAAGAGUUCAUGCCGUCAAGAGAGACAGAGAGAGAGACAGAGAGAGCAAUAUUCAGGGUGAGAGGGGAGGGAGAGGGGGGGAGGGGAGUCCACAUGACCUGGAGAUUUUUUACACACACACUUUGUUCUCAUGUAAAAUGAGGACAAACAUGGAGUCAAGGGUUAAAAGCCUCAGAAAGAGAGAGAGACAGAGAGAGAGGAGGGGAUAAGUGGGGAGGGCAAAAGAGGAAGAAGGAAAAUCUAAUGAUAGAGGAGAGAAAAGAAUGGGACAGAAGAGAGAGAGAAAAAAUAAUAAGGGGAGCAGAGAUGAAAGUAAAAGAAUAAAGGGGAAAGAGAAAACGGGGAGUAGAGAGAGAAUGUGUGAUGAAGGGGGAGAAAGAUUGUCAGAAAUAGAGAAGAGAGAGGGGAAUAGAAUGAAUGUGUGGGAGAGUAAGGAGUGAGGGGGAAGGAUGGGAAUAAAUGGGGGCUAAGUGUAAGAAACUAAGAGACAAAAUAGGGAGGAAAUGAGGGAGAGGGGGUGAGAAAGAUUAGGGAGACAGGUGAGUAAAAUGGUACAGAGAGAAGAAAAAGAAGAGAGAUGGACUGAGACGAGGAGGUGAGGAAGAAAAGGAGAAAAUAGAAGGAUGGGAGCAUGGAAAAAUGGAGAGACAGAAACAGAGGGAGGCAAGGGUGAUGUAGUGAGAGAGAGAACAGACAGGAAAAUGAAAUAGGAGAUGGGGAAGGAAGAGAGACUAUUACUGUGAAUGUAAAAGAAGAGGGGGAGUGGGAGGAACAGGGAGAGGGGGUGAGAACAGAGCAAGGGGGAGAGAGGGAAUGGGAAAAAGAGAGGGAGAGAAAUUCUCUGCUAUGGUGAAUGAGAGACACUGAGGUAAAAAGCGAAAGAGAGAGAGAAAUCAGACUCAGUGCUGCUGCUGCUGCUGCUGCUGCUAUAAGGCAGUCUGGAUUCAUGUGAUGAUCAGGGGGAAGCUUCAGCUCGGAGCAGAUGAAGUGAGUGGAUUAUCAGCAGGAGGACGUUGGUCCUCUUCAGGCUGAAGAAACAGAAUGGUGUGUGUUUCUCACACGCUGCAGAGAUGUUAAAUCUGCUGGACCGCAGGAGAUAAAAGGACAAAAACAAGAAAAACAGGGAGAUCAACUAAACAGAGCAGAAUGUCUGAGGUGACAACUGAUGGAGGGACAGAGUGACACCAAGACUUCUGAUGGCACAACUGGAAGUUUGUAGAAACCUCAGCCUGGAGAAGGUGGAGCGAUGCAUGAGUGUGAUGCAGUCAGGCACACAGAUGGUGAAGCUGAAGGCAGGAUCGAAAGGUCUGGUCAGACUCUUCUACCUGGACGAGCAUCGUUCCUGCAUCCGCUGGAAGCCGUCACGCAAGAGUGAAAAGGCCAAAAUCACCAUCGACUCUCUGUAUAAAGUGACGGAGGGCGGUCAGUCGGACAUUUUCCAUCGUCACGGUGACAGCAGUCUAGAUCCGUCCUGCUGCUUCUCCCUCUACCAUGGGAACCACAUGGAGUCCCUGGACUUGGUCACCACCAACGCUGAGGAGGCCAGAACCUGGAUCACAGGUCUGCAGUACCUGAUGGCCGGCAUCAGUGACGAGGACUCGCUGGCCAAACGACAGCGAACCCACAACCAGUGGAUGAAGCAGACGUUCGAGGAGGCUGACAAAAACGGAGACGGCCUCCUGAACAUCGAGGAGAUCUACCAACUUCUACACAAGCUCAAUGUCAACCUUCCACGCAGGAAAGUCCGUCAGAUGUUCCAGGAAGCAGACACAGAUGACCAGCAGGGUACGCUAACAUACGAAGAAUUCUCCGUCUUUUACAAGAUGAUGUCUCUACGUCGAGACCUCUUCCUACUGAUGAUGUCGUACAGUGACAGGAAGGAUCACCUGACGGCUGACGAGCUGGCUAACUUCCUGGGUAACGAGCAGAAGAUGACCAACGUGACUCCAGAGUAUGUUUUAGAAAUCAUCGACAAGUUUGAGGAGUCUGAGGAGAACAAGCAGAGAGGAGUUUUAGGAAUUGAAGGUUUCACUAGUUUCAUGCGCAGUCCCACCUGUGACAUUUUCAACCCUCUGCACCAUGAGGUUAACCAGGACAUGGACCAGCCUCUGUCCAACUACUUCAUCGCCUCGUCUCACAACACCUACCUGACUGGAGACCAGCUGUUGUCGCACUCCAAGACCGACAUGUACGCCUGGGUGCUGCAGUCUGGCUGCCGAUGUGUCGAGGUGGACUGCUGGGAUGGUCCUGAUGGAGAACCUGUGGUCCAACAUGGAUAUACCCUGACCUCCAAGAUCCCGUUCAAGUCUGUCAUUGAGACCAUCAACAAGUAUGCCUUCAUCAACAACCAGUUCCCGGUGAUUCUGUCCAUUGAGAACCACUGCAGCAUCCAGCAGCAGAAGAAAAUCGCUCAGUACCUCAAAGAAAUCUUCGCUGACAAACUAGACGUAGGAGAGAUCCUGAGCAGAGACGCCAGGACUUUACCCAGUCCUCAAGCCCUGCAGGGGAAGAUCCUCAUCAAAGGAAAACGACUUCCUUCCUAUCUGUCCGCCGACGCAGAGGAAGGGGAAGUGUCUGACGAUGACAGUGCUGAUGAAAUCGAGGAUGACUUCAAGCUGAAGAGCAGUAAUGGACAUGGCCACCACCAGGUGGAGUCUCACAUUAGAAAGAAACUGGAUUCUCUGCUCAAAGAGUCUCUGAUUGGAGACAAAGAGGAUUCAGACAGUUUUAGUAUCCGGGCUCUGCUGAGAGCCACGCACCAGGGCCUACAGAAGAACCUACGACAGAGCUCCAGAGGAGUUCUGAAGAAGUCUCAGAGCAGAUCCUUCAUCACGUCACUCAAACAGAAGAGACAUUCCAAAUCCAGGUUGACAUGUCACAGUGUGGAUAAGGAGGAGGAGGAGGUUCAGGAGAAGUCCUGGUCAGAGUCUGGAGGCCAGGUCAACAGGUGUGGGAGGAAGAGGAAGACGAUGAAGCUGAGCAGAGAUCUGUCAAACCUGGUGGUGUUCACCAACUCAGUGGUGUCUCAGGAGUGUCUGGACGAAGGAACUCCAGGAGACGUUCUGUCCUUUAGUGAGACCAGAGCUCAGUCUCUGGUCCAUCACAAAACCGAACGGUUCCUGGUUUUUAACCAGAGGCAGUUGUCGCGCAUCUAUCCGUCGGCCUAUCGCAUCGACUCCUCGAAUUUCAACCCUCAGUUUUACUGGAACGUCGGCUGUCAGCUGGUUGCCCUGAACUACCAGACAGAGGGCAGGAUGAUGCAGCUCAACAGAGCCAAGUUCAUGGUGAAUGGAGGCAGUGGUUACGUCCUCAAACCUGCGCCCAUGUGCAAAGGCUCCUUCAACCCCUUCAGUGACGACCCACUCCCUGCUAACCCUAAGAAACAGCUCGUUCUGAAGAUCAUUAGUGGACAGCAGUUGCCUAAGCCUCCAGACUCCAUGCUGGGAGACAGAGGAGAGAUCAUUGAUCCUUUUGUGGAGGUGGAGAUCAUUGGACUUCCUGUGGACUGCUGCAAAGAACAGACACGAGUAGUCGAUGACAAUGGCUUUAACCCAGUCUGGGAGGAGACCCUGUCCUUCACUCUCCACAUGGCUGAGGUGGCUCUGGUCCGUUUCCUGGUCUGGGAUCAUGACCCUAUCGGACGGGAUUUUAUUGGUCAGCGGACCGUUGCCUUCAGCAGCCUGAUGCCCGGUUACAGGCAUGUGUACUUAGAGGGUCUGACCGAAGCCUCCAUCUUUGUCCACGUGUCUGUGCACGAUGUCUAUGGAAAGUGGAGCCCUCUAGUGUUGAAUCCCAGCUUCACCAUUAUGCACCUUUUAGGCUCUAAUAAGGGCCAACAGCUGCGAGGGAUCCGAGGUCUGUUCAACCGAUCUUCUAAGGCCUCCUCAGACACCAACUCCACUGCACUCCGCAAGCGUUCCAUCAGCGAUCACCUGCUGAGACGCACAGCCAGCGCUCCGGCUAAAGGACGCAAGAAGAAGUCCAAGAUGGUGCUGUCAGAGUCAGAGGCUUGCAUCUCGGAUAAGAGGAGUGAAGGAGAAGCAGGUGGUGGUGGAGGAGCAGAAGGAACUUCAGGACAAGACGUAUGUGUGGAGAAACGUCUGCAACCCAGACCUCCCCUCAUCCACAGACCCAUGUCCAUGCCUUUGGAGAGACUCCUCCAGGGACAGUUGUCUAUCUGCUCCCAGGACAAAGAGCAGCUGGACGUCAGUGAAGACACCGUCCUGGGACUUGGUCCUCUCAACAGGCUCAGGUCUUCCUCCGUAGACUUUUUCAUCUCAUCCCCAUUUCCUGCGGAUCCAAGAGUCUCUUCUCCGUCUCAUGAACAAAGAAUUCCAGACGUGGACCAAUCAGACGAGACCUCCUAUCUGGUUAUCGGUAGAGGAAGAGGGGAAGUAGGAACAGAGGACGACUAUAUCAACUACCGCUCAGAGAACAAGGAGUCAAAGACGACUCAGAUCUCCACAGGAUUAGAGAAGAACCGUUCCACAAACAAGGGAGUUCCAGAAAAACCUGAAACUUUAUCAAACAACACGGCCUUCACAGCUGCACCUUCAGUCUCCUCCUCCUCCUCCUCUUCUUCUUCUGCAGCACCUCUUUCUCCUGUGAGCCUGGACUAUGACCUGAGGAGUCCUGGCUCUCUGCAGGACAGCACCAUAUCCAGACUCAUCGAAGCCGUCUCCUCAGACAAUGAUCAGGACACCUGUGGGUCUAUCUCUGCUCUGAUUGGUCAGUUGGAAACCACUGGUGAACAGAAAGACUUUUCGGUUAUAUCUUGUAAUCAAACUCCCCCUGCUCACUCCAACCUCAGACCUGCCACUCCCAAAUCUCUGCAGAUUUCAAGGUCACCUUUUAAGAUCAACUCUAAUCACUUGACCUCUGUCCCUCGACUGAACAUGGACCACAUGAAUCUAGGUGUUACUCCAAAUUAUUCCAGAUUAUUUCAGAGUUCUCAAACAGACACACCCACUCCAGCCCUACUGUCCAGUCCAGAAACAGCUGAGCUGGAGGAGGUCUACACCAUCCUGGAUGAGGAGGUGCUUUCACCAGCGUCAGUUUUUUACCUGAGGAACCAGGUGAUAAAAAAUCCCACUGAUAGUGUGGACCUCAUGUCUGUGAACAGUCCCAAGACCUCGGCUAUGAAAACUGUCCAAGUUGGAGAGAAGGAUCAAAACAAUCAUAUAGUCACAAACACAUCAAGGGGUGAAGAUAUGGAGGAGGCAGAGGAGCGAGUUUACGAGGAGGUGAAGGAUCUGUUGUCACCUGAGCCAGAAUGGAACACAGCUAACAGGUUUAUGAGCAACGCAACUAACCACAACCUUAGACUGCACCAGGAUGGGGCAAGAACUGAUUUUAGAGAAGUUGAGAUUAACGUUGAUGAGGAUCCCCUGGACACAAUUAUGACCUCACAGAGACAUGGUAGUCAACGGGAGGGACUGCUCAGUCCAACCAAAAGGCAUGCCAUUUAUCAAAACCACGAGCCGGCUCAAAACUACCCACAACUAAACCACCAGUUCUCUAACCACCAUCACCAGCCACUGCAGCCUGCACAUGCUCCUCCUCCUUCCAACCACAUGUCUGACCACCAGCACAGCUUCCCUUCUUCAUUCUUUACCAGACCUGCCAACUCCACCUUGUCCAAUCCUAAUCCACAUGCCCAGAAGAUCCACUCACAUCCUCCCAACAACAGCAGAGAUGUCAGGAGUUCCUUUAAACAACAGCGGUGUCUCAGCAGCAGCCAGAUUCUUGACUGGUCUCAGAAAAACAGACCUGGAUGCGACCAACCAGAGCUGCUCCAGGGUUUUCACGGUGGUUGGUCUUCCUCUGAGAGUCUAAGUUGUCAAUCUUCAAACACAUUCAAAAACAAAGCUCAGUGGAAGCCCACUUCAGACAGUAGUGGCUGGUACACACAAGGGGAGCGUGACUUCAUGACACCCUCUCCAGGGCCCUCAGCUCCUCCAAACACCCAGGCACAAACUCAAACCCAGUCAAAUAAACCCAAACAAACAUGGAACCAUAAUGGCCUGGUCAAAACUUCCCCGCGGCCGCAGUCUCAGCUUGAAACCAGGAGACCUUUAGCAUCUCGUUCCCACUCAGCUUCUGAGGACUCCCCAAGUCCGAGCCAGUCUUUAAAGUCCAAGUCCUUGGGAGACCUGACCUCUGAAGACAUAUCGUGUAACUUCCAAAGCAAAUAUAACAUCAUCAGUCGGAGUUUUAUUACACCACAUAUGAGGAGGCAGAAGAGAGCAGCUGCUCUGGGAAGAACCCCCGUCCAGUCACAGUCCUGCGACCCACUCACAGAACAGCUACGGAAACUGGUCACAUUUGAGGGAGAGGAUAUGAAUGAAGGUGGAACAUGUUCUCCUCAGUGGCAACAUGAAGCCAAAUCACUGCUGACACAGGAGACAGAUGUCGUCCGUACGUUAGACAAGGAUCCAGACGAAUCCCUACCGCUCCUCACCCGACGCCUGUCCAGUCGCAGCCAAAGUCGGGUCCGUCACAUAAACAAUCGUGCUCGCGAAAGACAGCAAGAAGCUACAAAGUCCCGACCGGGUGUAAUCAACAAUGGCAGCUCUGGUGUCAGUGGAGUUGUGUUCAGGAACAAACCAUCGUCCCAGAUUACACCAGUUAACAGACACUCAACUGGUUCCUACAUCCCAGGCUACCUGGACCAGCUGGAGGACCGAGGGCUUCCUGAAGGAGCGUGCACGUCACUGAGGUACGGAAACGGGGACUGUUUCAGCGAUCGUUACUUUACCGACGGCUCUCUUUCAAAUGCAAACUCCUUCAGCUCUGUGUCAGAGCCUGAGGUCUACUUCCUGCUCAGACUGUAGCACUGAUCCAAACUGAAGAAGCACAGACGUUUGGUUGGGUUUUACUUCACACACAAAAAAAGAAUCUGGUUCUUUCUAUCGUUUGUUUCUUUGUUUGUGUAAAGACCCGUCUGUAUGGUUUUACAGCAGCGUCACAAAGUAAAUAAAGUCUAAGCUCGGAUGUUACAGCAUGAAGUUAGAACUUUUCACUGUCGGUACCAAAUUGUUUUUGUGCUCUGGAACUGUUUUGUCUAAAUGCAGAUAGAUGUUUAAAUGUUUCUAGGAACUUCUGUGUCCUUCUGUGUCCUGGACUGAUUGUACAGUAAAUUGUUAGAUUUGUCCAGUUGGUGUUUACUGUCAGGACUACUGAACGGAGUUAUUGAUGAAGCAAAAAGGACCUUGGUUUUAAAGACGUCGUUCUGGAUUUUGAAGUGUGGUUGUUUGAGGUUCUGGUCACCAUCGCUGGACUAGACUUGGACUCAGAUGCUGGUUCUCAAAGAUUUGAGUCUUUUAUCAUAUGAGUACUUAACAAAAGAAGAAGAAAAUUGAGAAGAUAUUUUUUUCAGGACCAGGUCAGCAGCAGAACCUCUGAUACAAACACACUUCAAAGCCCUGAACUUUCUCCUGCAGCGGAGUCCGAAAAUGUUUUACAUGAAUUAUCUGAAUGUGUAGAAUAAUCUGCUUUUACCAGAACUGACCUGGUGACAGGUCCAGUUUCUCACCUCUGUUCUCAGUGCUCACGUUUAUGUUUGUUUUAUAUUGUUGAUUUUUAAACCCAGGCUGGAUUUAAUAUGAGGGGGGCAGUUGGUGACCGUAGCUGUGCGUGUGUGUGAGUUUAUGUGUGCAUGUCACCUGUGAACGUGUCCAGCAUGACUAUGCAGCAGAUCCUCCGGUCCAUGUCCAGUCUCGGUCCAGAACAUCUUUUUGCACAAAAGAAAAGAAAUUGUUUGUUUAGAAGUCAGUGCAAUAUUUCACGUCAACUUCCAACACUUGUUUUUUAGAAUCUAAAAAAUAGUGACUGAAAAUGCUCAAAGAUUUGGAAUUUAAAGGUUUUAUUUUUAUAAUUACUUUGAUACAGAUUGUAAAAACGAAAAAACCCUGUUGGUGUUUUUGUUUUUGUAUGUACUUCAUGAAAUGAAGACAAAAGUAAAAGUGAGUUUCUGUUUCUUUCAGCUCUUCCAGUGUGAACACCAUCCUUUCUCUAGUAUCGUCUGUUUUUGAAGGUCUGUGAUUUUCCUACAAAUGCAAUAAAAUAAACAGAUCUUUGACUUAAAACUUUAAACACGGGUCUUGUCUUUUCAGAGUCUAGUAAAACCUCACAUGACUUCCUGUUCCAGUAGUAUAAAAAAAGAUGAGUAUGGUUUAAUUCUGGGGAAAUAAUCUGAUCCAAUCCUUUGGAUUAGUGACCACUGGAUAUUGGCUGAAAUUUCAGUUUAUAGAUCAGAUCCACAGGUUGGGACCAAGCUGACCAUACACCCAAACUCUAUCAGAGACCCAGCUGCUGCAGAACGUGUCAUGACAACAACAGUAGAACCUGAGUGACAGUGGGUUAGCUGUUAGCAUGUCAGCUGUGUGCACUUGUUUAACCAACAAAGAAGAGAGCGGUCAAACAAACAGAUGACCUGUCUGUUCUGUCCUGUGUUGUCAUGUCUUCAGCUGGACACUCGUCCACUACAUCACUGAGGUCCAGGCUCCACCCACUGGUUACAUUAAGUAUUAC